AUGUCGGCCAAGAGAGCAGGACUGAAGAAAACAAACCCGAGCAAGAACUACAAGGCCGUUUGCCUGGAGUUGAAGCCGGAGCCGAUCAAAACAUGUGACUACAAAGGAAUUAAACCAGAAGGGCCAUUUACCAAAACGGGGGGUACUCAGGAGCUAAAGAAUGAACUCAGAGAGGUGAAGGAAGAGCUCAAGGAAAAAAUGGAGGAGAUAAAACAGAUAAAAGAUGUAAUGGACAAGGAUUUCGAUAAACUGCAGGAAUUUGUGGAGAUUAUGAAGGAAAUGCAGAAGGAUAUGGAUGAGAAGAUGGAUGUUUUAAUAAAUAUACAGAGAAACAACAAGCUUCUGCUUAGAAGAGGACCAAAGGACCAUCAGGGCCUCAGGCUGAUAGGAAAGCCUGACAUGGACUCACAUCUCCGGCUCAGGAAACUGGAGGGAGCUGACGGAGCAUCGCUGGCUGUUCACAAGAAGCACACGGCGCUGCAGAAGCCCAAAAAAGACCCGCUGGGUUCCCUCCAUCAGUGUGGGACCUGCUGUGUGAAGACAUGUUUGUUGUGUGCCCUAAAGAACAGCUACAAUCAGGGGUAG